AUGGAUCUUCUCCGGAGGCCACUGAACAAUGACAGCUACGGCGGCUGGAAUGACGAAUCCGACCAACUGUGGGACACCAUUGUGCCCAACAAUGGCGUCGUUCUCGCUACGAACUUGACCAGUGGAUUCCACUUCUGGGCCAAUGUCGCCAUGUUCCACCAGCUGAAGUGCCUUCGGGACAUUCGCAGCCGACUUAUCGCCUUGGCAGGAUCCUGGGACGAAGUCGAGGCCUUCACCGCAUGGCGCGGACCAGGCUCAGAGUACGAGCGCAUAGGAUCCUGUUUUGACUACGUCCGCCAGGGAAUCCUUUGCCACGCCGAUACAACCUUACACCCCAAAGCAAUUGUUUCCGAAGAACGCUUUGUGAUUGACGGAAACGCCCUGUGGCAUAAAUGCAAAGAGAGUACGGCGUUGUACAAUUGGGCGAUCCGGUCCGGACCGCCACACAAGCCCCUGCCUAUGAGCAAGCAAGACAUUGUUAGGCUCGCUGAUGGCGAGUUUCGCCUCUUCACGUACGAAGCGUUAAGCAGCCCCAUGAGAAUGCCAUCAAACCAGCAAGAUUAUGAAAAGCCCAAGAUCACCAGGCGGCAGGGAGCCUGCCAGCUGUGUCGUCAGAAGAAAGUGAGGUGCAACGGCGAACGUCCUUGCGCGUUCUGCAAGAGAAAUCGUGCACACUGUGACUACCAGGUCACAAAAGCAGCCAGCCAUGGUCACAGCCGUUCCCAGUCACAAGUUGAUUUUGACUCUCCUCGGCCAGGAACUGCACCUGUCAGGGAAUCCAACUUCAGCGAAUGGAACAGUGACCUGGGGAACCUCGCUGAAACCACUGGAGAUCUGAACAGGAUCGAGUCAUUUUUUGAUAUCGAUCCUGCCCUGGGAGGGACCUUUGAAGGACUCGCUGACUCACACCACCUUCAUCGGCUCCAGAGUGCUGCCCCGGACCGAAACGACGUUGAUACUGGCGCCAUAUUUUUGUCACCACAGGCUUUCCUUGGUGUCGAAAAUCAGGACGAAGAAGUCCAUCGACACAGCCAAGAAGAACUUGCGGGCAACGGUCUCACCUUACUGGACGCCCUAUUCACCAAGGCAUCGAGUCCAGCGGUUGCCACAGCACAGAUAGAACAGAAAUGGACCAGCGUUGAACUUAAUUCGAGCCAUAGGGGAGACCAGUCGUCACUUAUUGACGAAGAGGCGCCUCUCAGUCCACGGAAGCGUUCUAGAGGGAAUUCUGCGCGCCAAUUUUGGCCUUGUCAGAGUAUCCAAUUGAUUUGCGACGGACAGGUGAAAUGGCUAUCCGCUCUAUUCCCGGCCUUACCCAAUUCCCCAGAAAGUGUUGCUUCGCAGAAUGCAUGCGUAUCUGAUUUGAUAUUGGGACUCAAUGAUUCUGGAAUGGAUAGUGUCCGCCGCCAUGCUUUCAGCCAAUUGAUCACAAGGCUUUUGUCAAGGAAAUGCCAGACAGGGUUUCCGAUUAGUUGGCUGUCACAGAGCAAAACCAAUGCCAUGUCCCCAGGCUUUACCCCAAUCAACCUCCAGAGCCUGCCAUUAGAGAAGUUUGUUGGACGAUGUUUUGAUGAACCGUGGGGCGUCAAAGAAUACCUCGAUUAUUCUGAAGUUCUUUACAUUAUCCGUUCUAUUAUCGCCCAGGCCCCAACACCAUUAGAAACCCCAGAGUCACCUCAGCAGACCCUGGGUGUGUUUCUCGUCAGCAUUCUAGCUGUCUGGGGGUCGCUUUUGAGCCCUGGCCAUGAUGAAACAACCGUACUUGGUCUGAUGGCGACAGUCCUCGAGAUGGAAAGACACAUCACUUUGGAGGACGACUCAAUACCUAAGUUCUGCGCCAUCGUUACCAUGCUUCAACUCGCCCACAAGCUCGGCCUGUCUAUCGUGCCGAGGCUCCUAGGCCAAGCCGUGUCUCUCAUUCAGUCCAUGAAUCUGCACUCAAGCUCCGUCCUCAGAGAUAGCUGCACGCACCAGGUUAUGGUGCGUGUCAAGUCUGCUUGUUGGGUUGUUUCCUGCAUUGACAAGGUCUACGCAAUGAGGUGGAAGACAUUUCCCAUGUUGCCAGAAGCAGUUCUUCAGUAUGAUCCACCAGGCCGUGCAGCAGACGACCAGACCAGUCCAAUCGAUGACUCAAAGCUGUGGCUUCACUCACAAUGCCGGUAUGCAAGGAUAUGCUCCACUAUCGCCGCAGUCCGCAAUUCGCAUCAAUCUUUGGAUAGCAAGCUGGAAUUGGACAUAUCGAAGCUUCCUAAGGAAUUAGAAGAAUGGUACAGCUCAGUGCCAAAAGCUGGUCAAUUGCUGCGCGAUCGGCCUACUGCGUCUCCUAUACAGGAGAGCAGACACAUUGCAGUAUGCACUCUGUACCAGUACCAAGAAGCAAACUUGGCUAUUUUGAGCUUGCCGACAUCAUCGGAAGUUUCAACCGAAUCAAAUUUAACGUCUUCGCAACCUGUUUGCACAUGGUCGCACGUCGACAAGGUGGUCGCAUCCAUCAAGCAGAUCUUUGCUGCCAGUCACAAGAUUGAGGAUCUGAUGUAUGACCGCGUUGUGCAGACUGGCGGUCGAAUAUCAACGCGGCCCACGCAUGGCUCCGCGUGA